UUUCGGGUGGGUGGAGCAUCUAGCAAUCUCUUUAAUUUUUAAACUGUUUCAACUUCCACUUGGAGCAAGUGCUUUCCUGUUCCAACAACAGUGUCUAGGAGACGUGGACCGGACAGAGAAUGAGCAGAAUCGGAUAUUGAAAGUUUUACUGAAAAGGACCCAAAAUGAGAUUUACAGUGAAGAUUCUUUGGCUUAUGCUCUGGACCUUUUGUGUCGCAGAAGAUUGUAAAGAACCUCCUCCAACUAAAGACUUAGAAAUUCUGACAGGUUCCUGGCUUGACCAAACAUAUCCAAAAGGUAAACAGGCCAUAUAUAAAUGCCGCCCUGGAUUUCGAACUCUUGGAACUAUUGUAAUGGAAUGCCGGAAUGGAAAAUGGGUGUCUCUUUAUCCAUCCAGGAUAUGUCAGAGGAAGCCCUGUGGCCAUCCCGGAGACACUCCCUUUGGCUCUUUUGAGCUGACAGUAGGAAAAGAAUUUGUAUACGGAGCAAAAGUUGUUUAUACAUGUUCUGAGGGGUAUCAACUGCUAGGUUCAAUUGAUUACCGUGAAUGUGAACCAGAUGGAUGGAGUAAUAACAUUCCUUUAUGUGAAGUUGUUAAGUGUGAACCCGUAACAGAACCAGAAAAUGGAAGGGUCAUCAGUGGUGCACUGGAACCAGACCAGGAGUAUUCUUACGGACAGGUGGUCCAGUUUGAGUGUGAUGCACGCUUCCGGCUAGAUGGGCCUAAAGAAAUUCAUUGUUCAGCAGAUGGGACAUGGAGUGGAACAGUGCCAAGAUGUGUGGAAAUUUCCUGCAAAAUACAAGAAAUCACAAAUGGGUAUUCUAUAUCACCAGACAAAAAGUAUAAAGAGAAUGAGAGAUUUCAAUAUAAAUGCAACAAGGGCUUUGAGUACAGUGAAAGAGGGGAUGCUGUGUGCACCAAAUUCGGGUGGAGUCCAACUCCGGCAUGCAAAGAAGUCAUAUGUAAUCCUCCUAAUAUUGCAAAUGGUUUCUUCGAACCUCAAAGGAUCACACACAGAAGUGACGAUGAAAUCAGAUACAGUUGUAAAGGUGGCUUUUAUCCUACAACCAGAGGAAAUACAGCACUGUGCACUAGUCGUGGCUGGGAACCUGUGCCGAGAUGUAGUUGGCAGCCUUGUGCUUUUCCAAAAAUCAAUCAUGGGCAUCUGCAUCAUGCAGAGAGAUAUCGACCGUACUUUCCAGUAGCAACAGGGAAAUAUUACUACUACUCCUGUGAUUCGGGUUUUGUGACACCUUCGCAGUCUUCUUGGGAAUACAUUACCUGCACGAGAGAAGGAUGGACGCCAGAAGUCCCAUGCCUCAGAAAAUGUCACUUGUAUGAAGUGGAAAAUGGAUAUGUUUAUCAUGCACAGCGUUAUUAUCUACAAGGCCAGUCUGUAAAUAUUCGGUGUAAUCGUGGCUACAGUCUCCCGAACGGACACACCUCCAUCACAUGUACGGAGCAGGACUGGUCCCCUUCUCCCAGAUGCGUUCGUGUCAAAACAUGUUCUAAAACAGAUAUAAAUAUUGAGAAUGGAUUUCUUUCUGAAUCUGAUUUUACAUAUCCUGUAAAUAAGCGAACACAAUAUACGUGUAAAUCAGGAUAUGUGACAGCAGAUGGCAAAGCAUCGGGAUUCAUUACGUGCUUGGAAAGUGGAUGGUCAAUUCAACCGACAUGCAUUAAAUCUUGUGACGUGCCAGUAUUUGAGAAUGCCAGAGCCAAACGUAAUGGCACAUGGUUCAAGCUAAAUGACCGGCUGGACUAUGAAUGCCAUGAUGGCUAUGAAAUCACAGGUGGAAGCACCACAGGCUCUGUAGUAUGUGGUGAGGAUGGCUGGUCUCAUCCACCUAACUGCUAUGAGAGAGAAUGCAGUGUUCCUAAAAUACCACAAGACUUAAUAGCUUCACCUAACAAAGCCAAGUAUAAAGUUGGAGAUGUCCUGAAGUUCACCUGUAGACAGAAAUUAAGAAUAAUUGGACCAGAUUCAAUUCAGUGUUACCACUUUGGAUGGUCCCCUCAACCACCAACAUGUAAAGGAGAAGUAGAAUCUUGUGGCCCUCCGCCUCCCCUCCCCAACGGGGCAGCUAAGCAGAGAGAGAAAGAAGAGUAUGAGCAUGGUGAAGUGGUGGAAUAUGACUGCACACCUCGGUUCUUAAUGAAGGGGGCUCAGAAAAUUCAGUGUGUGGACGGAGAUUGGACAACUCUGCCUACUUGCGUUGAGGAGCAGCGCACAUGUGAAAACAUACCGACACUUGAGCAUGGCUAUGACUUGCCCUCUGACCCUCCCUAUCACCACGGAUAUUCAGUGAAAUUCAAGUGCUCAGAGUCAUUUUCCAUGGUUGGAGACGCAUCAGUCACAUGUGAUCGUGGAAAGUGGACUCAGCUGCCUCAGUGCAUUGAAACAGAACAACUGAAGAAGUGUAGAAACCCAGGUCAACGUAAAUUUGAAUUCACCUCAUCAGAUCAGACUGCCUUCAAUCAUAAUGAAACCUUAAGUUACAGAUGUAAAGGAAAAUCAAAUAAAAAAUCAAUAUGUAUAAAUGGAGUGUGGGAUCCCAAGAUAACUUGUGCAGAAGAAAAAACACAGGUAUGCCCACCUCCUCCUCUCAUUCCCAAUGCUCAAACUAUGACAACGACAGUGAAUUAUCAGAAUGGAGAAACAGUGUCUAUUCUUUGUGAAGAAAAUUACUUGAUCGUGGGAGCAGAUGAGAUCGUGUGCACAGAUGGAAAAUGGCAGUCUAUUCCUCGCUGUGUUGAAAAAACCCCAUGUAACCCACCUUCUCAUAUUGAACAUGGAACAAUUAACUCACCUAGAUCUUCCGAAGAAAGGAAAGAGCCCUCUGAAUCCAGGUACUCACACGGCACUACAUUACGUUAUACCUGUGAAGAAGGGUUCAAGCUCUCUGAAGAAAAGGGAAUCACAUGCCACAUGGGAAAAUGGAGUUCUCCACCACAGUGUGUAGGACUGCCUUGUGAGCCACCUCCGGGGAGACCUCAGAGUUCUCUGUCUCCUGAGUUAGACAGCUACCAACAUGGAGAGGAAGUUACCUACAUCUGUUCUGAUGGUUUUGGGAUUGAUGGACCUGAAUCUAUAAAAUGCUUUGGAGGAAAAUGGCCUACUCCACCAGAUUGCAAAAUUACAGAUUGCUUUCAAGUACCCACAUUUCCUCAUGCUGUACUCAAAAGCACUGUAAAGGAGUCAUAUAAGUCAGGAGAACAAGUCGAAUAUGAAUGUGAAAAGAGUUUCCAAUUAGAUGGGUCAAAUAUUGUAAAGUGUAUCAAGAGUAAAUGGAUAGGAACUCCUACAUGUAAAGAUGUUUCCUGUGAGAAUCCUCCCAAGGUUGAAAAUGGUAAGAUGAUCUCAAAACCGAUGAUGAAGUAUCCACCGGAAGAGAAAGUACGUUAUGAAUGUGACAAACCUUAUAAACUCUAUGGAGAGGUAGAAGUGAUGUGCAUGAAUGGAACCUGGACAGAACCACCUCAGUGCAAAGAUUCUACAGGAAAAUGUGGGCCUCCUCCUGCUAUUGAAAAUGGAGACACAACUUCAUUCCCACAAAAAGAAUAUGCUCCAGGAUCAUCAGUUCAGUACCAAUGCCAAGCUGUCUAUGUACUUCAGGGUGAACAACAAAUUACAUGUGUGAAUGGACAGUGGUCACAACCACCAAAAUGUUUAGAUGCGUGUAUAAUAUCAGAAAGCGAGCUGGAAAGACAUAAAAUACAGUUAAGAUGGACACACACUAAGAAAAUUUAUUCUGAAUCACAUGAUACUGUUGAAUUUAAAUGUAAAUGGGGUUAUAGGGAAUUGACACCAAGAGCCAGUUUUCGAGCAACUUGUCAUGAAGGGAAAAUAAUGUAUCCCCGCUGUGGCUAAUGCUGUGGUUGAAGCACAUUCAUAUAAUCAAAUUGUAUACAUUUCCUGAAUUUUAUAUAUGGUAAUAUAAUUUUCUCAAUAGUUUUUCAACUCUUACAUAAUUUUUAUUCAUAAAUUAGAAUUUGUUGUAAAGAGAAUCAUGCAAUUAUAAUACCAGAGACAGAUAUUUGACUCUCUUACACGCCUUAUUAAAAGUUGCCAAACCACAA